AUGUCACUGCGUCCGUGCACUGCUCCUCUGCGUGCCCCUUUGCCUUCUCCUCCUGCUUCCUCUCUUCCUGCUCUUGCCGACCCGGAGUCGGACUCUCUUCGUGCUGCCAGUCCUACUGUCACGCGUCUCCUUGCUACUGCUGUCACUGACCCUUCCUUCGAGUCGUCUGCUGCGUCUGCCCUUGUCACUGAGCUUGUCGACUUUGCUGCGCGUUGUCGUCUAGACUACGCUGCUCGUCUUGUCACUGAGUCUGAGUCCGCCUGUCCUCCGUCCGUCGGGGGUGAGUGUGCCCUUGGCACGGACGUCCUUGAGGACAGGCAGGAGGAGUUCCAGUGUCUGGCCGCCGCUUCACCUCGUCUCGCGUCUGUACUGUUAGCCCCUGAGGGAGACCCGGAUGCACCAGACAUCCCGACUCCGCGCUCUUACGCGGAGGCGAUAGAGGGUCCCUACUCCUCUCAGUGGCAGGCAGCUAUGGAUGCAGAGAUGGCUUCCUGGAAGUCCACAGGCACCUACGUUGACGCUGUUCCCCCUCCUGGGGCGAACAUCGUCAGUGGCAUGUGGAUCUUCAGGGUGAAGCGGCCGCCGGGUUCUCCGCCUGUCUUCAAGGCGCGUUACGUGGCUCGUGGCUUCAGUCAGCGGCAGGGGGUUGACUACUUUCAGACCUUCUCCCCCACCCCGAAGAUGACCACUCUUCGGGUUCUGCUGCACGUUGCUGCUCACCGUGACUACGAGCUGCACUCUCUCGACUUCAGCACAGCUUUCUUGCAGGGCAGCCUGCACGAGGAGAUCUGGCUGCGUCGCCCACCUGGCUUCACUGGGUCUUUCCCUCCUGGUACCCAGUGGAGUCUCCGGCGUCCAGUCUACGGUCUCCGCCAGGCGCCACGUGAGUGGCACGACACACUGAGGACUACGCUCGCGGCACUUGGGUUUGCUCCUUCUACUGCCGACCCGUCGCUCUUUCUGCGCACCGACACCUCUCUGCCGCCGUUCUACAUCCUCGUGUACGUCGACGACUUGGUCUUUGCCACAUCUGACACUGCUGGACUCGCCUACGUGAAGUCCGAGCUGCAGAAGAGACACACGUGCACUGACCUGGGUGAACUGCGCAGCUACCUUGGCUUGCAGAUCACCCGGGACAGAGCACGCCGCACCAUUACCCUGACUCAGUCACACAUGGUGCAGCAGGUCCUUCAGCGCUUCGGCUUCACGUACUCCUCGCCUCAGGCCACUCCUCUGUCUACUCGCCACUCGCUCUCAGCUCUGCCUUCGGAUGAGUCCGUAGAGUCGAGUGGCCCGUACCCAGAGCUUGUUGGCUGCCUCAUGUACCUGAUGACCUGCACACGACCUGACCUCGCAUACCCUCUUAGCAUUCUCGCACGCUUUGUUGCUCCUGGGAGACACCGACCAGAGCACAUGGCUGCAACGAAGAGGGUGUUGCGCUACUUGUGCAGUACGUCGGGCAUGGGGCUAGUGCUUGGAGGGCGCAGUCCAGUGGUCCUCACUGGGCACGAAGACGCUUCUUGGGCUGACGACCAGGCUACGCAGCGGUCGUCACAGGGUUACACCUUCAGCCUUGGUUCCGGCUCUGUCUCGUGGCGGGCUACCCGCUCGUCUUCUGUUCUCGGCUCCAGUUGUGAGGCUGAGAUCUACGCUGGGGCUAUGGCUGCACAGGAGUUACGCUGGCUCACCUACCUGCUGACCGACCUUGGAGAGCAGCCUCGUUCUCCUCCAGUCCUGUACGUAGACAACAAGGCCAUGCUGGCCUUGUGUAGAGAGCAGCGACUGGAGCACAGAACGAAGCACAUUGCUCUCCGCUACUUUCUUGCUCGUGAGCUACAGCAGCGUGGACAGUUGCGACUUGCGUACGAGAGCACCAUCUUCGCUGCGGCAAAGUGGUUUCUCAAGGAGGAGCUCGAGCCCCUCAAGGGGAAACAGGGUACCCAGUACUGGGCGCGGCUGCUCGCACAUAUCAAGGAGUCGAACCUCGGAUGGAUCCGGGGUGUCAAUGCGCUCCAGAAACAGUGGCGUAACCUAAUAGUGCUAUGGCGUGAGUAUAAGAAGGCCGACGAGGGGUCGGGCAACGGCUCCGUGGAGAAACCACCUUGGUACCCGUACGUUGACUUGCACAACCAGGACACCGCCGCAUCCGCACCUCAUGCCGUGGACGGAGGUGGCGCGAAUAACGUCAACGUCCCGGCAGGCAUGGAGGUUCCGCAAUCGUCCCAGCCAGGCACGUCAACCCCUUGUUUCACUGCUCCUCCGCCAACGACUCCUGCCACACCGAGGCGUGCCCGGGUGCAUGAGACGGCCACCAUGCAAGCGCCCAUGCUCGUAUCUGCCACCAUCAAGGACUGCCAUGGCGACGCUAUGAACCGCAUCGAAGGCCUCGUCCGUGAAUGGAUGGCGCAAGAUCUCAGACUUGCCCGUGAGCGUAUGACAGAGUCGGCUCCCCCGGAUGUGCACCGCGCGCCCCAUGAAUUCUCUCCACCGCCGCCACGCGGGGAGUCCGCGCCUGCUCCCGAAACCGCACGGACGCGUGUGGACGAGGGCGACGGCGACACCGCUAUGCCGGCGGAUGAGGAUGUGGAAGUAUGGGUUCGCGGCGCCGACGAUUAG